UCUCCCACAGGAGCUGAGAAACCUUCCCUGUCAGAGAUGCUGCUGCCGCUGCUGCUGCUGCCCCUGCUGUGGGCAGUUUCCCUGGCUGAGGUUGAAGGAUACCAGCUGUCUGUGCAGGAGUCCGUGACAGUUCAGGAGGGCCUGUGUGUCUUCGUGCCCUGCAAUUUCACCUAUCCCCGGUACAAUACAACGGACUUAACCUCAGCUCAAGGCACCUGGUUCUGGAGAGGGGCCAAUAAAGUCCAAGGUGCUGCAGUGGCCACAAACAAACGAGGUCGCAAAGUUCAGGAGGAGACCCAGGGCCGAUUCUACCUCCUCGGAAACCCUCAGAGCUAUAACUGCUCCCUGGACAUCAGAGAUGCCAGGAAGAGCGAUGAUGGAAAAUACUUUUUUCGAGUGGAGAGAGGACAAGGCAGGUCAUGGACUUACAUAUCUAACUGGCUCUCAGUACAUGUGACGGGCCUGACCCACAUGCCUCACAUCCUCAUCGCGGGCACCCUGGAGUCCGGCCUCCCCAGGAACGUGACGUGCUCUGUGCCCUGGGCCUGCAAGCGGGGCACGCCCCCAAUCUUCUCCUGGACCUCAGUUGCCCUUAUCUCCUUGGGCCCCAGGACUUACCUCUCCUCUGUGAUCACCCUCACCCCUCGGCCCCAGGACCACGGCACUAACCUCACCUGUCAGGUGAAGUUCCCUGCAGCUUGUGUGACCGUGGAGACAACCAUCCAGCUCAACGUCACCUGUGCCCCACAGAACCCCAACAUUGGUGUCUGCCUCGGAGACAGCUCAGGUAGGAAGGAGCCUCCUGUCCAUGUGACACUGACUGAAGGGGGGUUUCUGCCAGGGUGA